UCCCUUCUUAUACAUCCCCCUUUCCCAUAUUCUCGGCUCUCACGAACACGACAAAACACAAUACGGCCUGAAGAGAAGCCAAAAAUACCCUCCUCUACUUCAUUCACUCAUGUACUUCGGGAGCUUGAGCCACGAACUGGUUCCUGCAUUUUCAAGAUGUCAUCCGCUAGCAACAGCCCUCGCGGGCCAUUGAAACUCGAGACCCUACUCAAGGAUGUUGUCCUCCAUAUCAUGGGAAAGAUGACCCCGUCUGAUCUCGUCAACUUUGUUCUUACGAACAAAAGGUUUCUCGCCUUGUUCAACCGAUACAAAAAUGGGCUGAUGGUGAGCAUUCUCAAGGAAUUGCCUGAAUCAGAGACCAUGACGUUGUUGUAUACGACUCAGCUCACUGAGUUACAUCCAGCCUGGACCCUACGUCCACGUGCCGUGGAUGUCCAAACAGCCUCACAGCAUUUUAUAAAACUCAUGCAGCCAAACGGGGAUUACGAUCAGAUUUAUCACAUGAGCCCAGCUGGAAUUCUAACUCUGUGGAAGAUGACGAAGGUCAUCGAUUGGUGGGUUCAGAUGUUCCCAACCUUAUACUGGAGAGAUUCUUUGGCGAAUCGUCGACACUUGACUCCGAAUGAAGAGUGGCGCCUGAGAAAGGCUAUUGCGCACUGGUGGCUGUAUGCACACCACCAUCAUGGAUUCUCUUACGCCUUUCGACAGAAGCAGAUACCGAAGCCAUACGAGAGGGACCCCAGAGUGUCUCACAUGAGACGUCUGUCAACGUGCGAGCUUAUGGAACUUCGAGACCUCUGGGCCGUGGUCCACAACACGGUGAGCAACGAUAUUUGCUCGUCCGCAGAAGCCGUGUGCUUCUGCCAGAGCCCGGAUGGUGUGGCAUUUGUUCCGUGGGGCCAUGAACAACAACGCCACGCAAGCAUUGUUCGAACAUACAUGAAACUGGAUCCGAGAAGGCUACGCUAUUACUUGUUGUAUUACCCAAACUGCAACCGAAACUUCGUUACGGGCCUUAUCAGACAGCAGUCACGCGCCUUCGAUUCUGAUAUCGAAACACUAUCAUUCGCGAUAAACAGGGCGCUGAUUGAACGAGAGCACCUCAGAGAAAUUGUUACCGGGACGUUCACCCCAACGCCAAUCUUCGGAAUUCUGGACGACACCCGAACAGGUGUCGAUGUCUCUCGAUGGGAUGUCGACCAAUGGCUGAAUGCGAACUUGCACAGAGUAGGGCCUCAAGUAAUCCUCACCCGGCGUGUUCCUCGUGGCGACGACGGUAGCGACAGACCAAUUCCGUGGUAGAAUCAGGGACCAUUUCGUCGUUGCUGGAUCUGCAGGGGAGAAUUCACGCAUGCGGCCUUUUGGCCCGUCCCGUUUCAUUCGGCGCCGGCAAACGCACUAUUCCACCCUCGUGAUCCUACUUUCAGGGCCUCUUUGCCCCCAAUCACUUUCCCAUGGCAAUGGCGGCAUGACCCCCCACCCGAAGAAGUGCCUCGGCCUCUUCACUUCUGGUCUUGAAAGAACAAGGCGGGUCACAGUUGACAAUCUCAACUUUAUGCUAUUUGAUAUU